AUGAAUAACGAUCAAUUCUAUAUAUGGUACCAAUGUGACCUUAAUGGGCUCCCAUCAUCACUAACAUCAACAUUCGUCCAAUUGGGUCCAGACCAAGACACUAUAGCCUUUUUGGAGCAGUCGGAGAGAAAAUCCGAUUGGAUUUUAACGCAGAUAUGGCACUCUAUCGUUAAGGCUAUCCUAGGGUUUUUCAUGACACAAACUUCUAUUAAUGGGUGA